AUGGUCGGCGUGUACACUCUCGUCGAGCUUCGGGAUCAAAUAAGAAUAUACCGCGCUCGGUUCGGCGAGACGAACGAUGUCCGCGGCCGCAUCCUGACCGACAGUAUCCCCGACAGUUGGACCGAUGACCGUAUGCUCGGCCUUCGUGCAACUGUGCAGAUCGUACUAGACAGCCAUCUCAACUGGGAUGCAAUCGCGGAGUUCUUCGAGGGCGAGUUAUUCACACCGGAAUGGAUCGCGUCACUCGAAACCUGUCCGCCCGCAGUACGCCGCCCGAUGGGGGUGCAAGUAAUCAUGGAUUGGGUGUCUCGCGGUCCAACGAUUCAGACUGACCUCAAGGACUGGCUGGGGGACCACGGCAUUAUGGCGCUGAGGUUUGUGGGUCCGGAGCCCACCGCGGCGAAUUUUGAGGCUAUAAUAGACACGUUGAACCGCCUUCACGUCGGCGCUCGGCUGGGCCGCAGGGUGCACUACCGCGAUGACGGCUCUGACCGCCUGCCCGACGUUAGCGGGCAUCCGGACGACUUUAUAUUCGAGGUUGUCGAAGGUGUGCGCAAUGCACAAUGGUCAGCCGCCGUGUCUCACCUGUCGGCUACUAAAGCAGAGAUGUUCGCGCGAGGUUAUUUUGAUUGA